GUGAAUCUAAUUCACGACUCAGCUUAUUGUUCGUUGGUUCAUGCUGCUGUUCAAGUUCACCAUCAUCCAAAUUUCUAACAAUAUCAAGGCCCCUUUCGUUUUCCAGGUUAAGAAUGUCAGCAAAACUCUUGUCACUCGACUCAAGGAACCAAGAUAUGAUUAUAAGAGGCAAAGAUAAGAGCGAGACUGGGGUUAUUAAGCGUGUCAUUCGCUCUCAGAAUCGUUUCAUUGUUAAGGGUAAAAAUCUGAUGAGAGAUGGCAAAUUAACACACUACUCCAUAGCUUUUGAUGAAGUGUCUUUGUUUACAAUUCCAUUAUUGAUCUCAAAAUCUUCAUUAAUUGACACCAUUGGGUCUGUCAUGGUGUAUAUUCGAUCGCAUGAUGUUGUCGGGCUCCAAUGCUUUUCAACUUCUGCUUUAUAGGUUAAGAAGCAUAUCAAGUUACACCCUCAAUUUUUUGUGGUGUAUAUUUGCAUACCCAUUUUUUGUUAUUAUGCAGUAAGUGACCCCCUCAAUUUUGUAAUAGAUAAUUUAUUUAA